AGGAAAUAAUCCAUUAAGUGAGAGAAACUUCGAUAGCUUUUUGCUUUGGGCUUGACUCAAAUUCCCAAUUAUUUGGCGUUUGGUCAAAGAAUUAGCACCUGUCUUCCCCGAACAGAGAUUUGCGUUCAUUUAGUGGCCCACAAGUCAUGUCUGGUAUAGCGUUAAGUCGUCUUGCACAAGAACGAAAGGCUUGGCGGAAGGACCAUCCUUUUGGUUUUGUAGCUGUACCAACAAAAAACCCUGAUGGGACUAUGAACUUGAUGAAUUGGGAAUGUGCCAUCCCUGGAAAGAAAGGGACGCCGUGGGAGGGGGGCCUAUUCAAACUUCGGAUGCUCUUCAAGGAUGACUAUCCUUCCUCUCCACCAAAGUGUAAAUUUGAGCCUCCUUUAUUCCAUCCGAAUGUAUAUCCAUCUGGUACCGUGUGCCUAUCUAUUUUAGAGGAAGACAAAGACUGGAGGCCUGCCAUUACAAUCAAGCAGAUUUUGCUAGGAAUCCAAGAACUCCUUAACGAACCAAAUAUUCAGGACCCCGCACAGGCUGAGGCAUACACAAUUUACUGCCAAAACAGAGUGGAAUAUGAAAAAAGGGUCCGAGCACAAGCCAAAAAGUUCUCUCCAUAAACCUCCAAGAUUUCCCAUUGUAAUGGAAAUUGGUUUUGACCAGGUCUCCUCACCCCAGUUACUUCUCCCUUACAAAUCAUAUCCAUUUCAUACUAAUUUCUUGAUGGGCUUAAAGAAAUGAAUGUGUUGUGCCAUUGUCAAUCCACUGAUGCUCAUUCUAACGAACUCUCUAAGGGUUUUACAAUUUGCCCUUUUUGUAUACUGUUGCCAUUUGGGCUAAUCCACAGUAAAGCUCACACCGGGUUGUGUGAGGAAUUAUUUUUUUUAUUUUUUUGUGGGGUUACUUGGUAACACAUUGCAGUGCUUAACAUUUACAACAAAAGGCACAAUAAACAUCCACAUUGCAGAAGAAAUAGUAUUCCACAGAUGAAGAGGUAUGAGCCUAAAACUGCUUUCAUUUCGCAAUUUUUAUUUUUUAUUUUUCUCUAGAUUGCCCUCCUUUAGUCUCUUUCAUGGUUUUAAUGAUUUAAAACUUGCUAUUAAUGUCAGUAUUUCAACUGCUGUAUAAUGAUACUUUUAUACUUUAAAUUAGUCUCUAGAGAAAUAUCCAGUCCUGAUGCAGGCAGUGUAUGAAGCAUGUACCAUUCAGUAUGCUAGCAUUGUGCUGCCUCGGCCGUCUAUACCAUUAAAAACACUUAAAGGCCUCUGAAUCAAAUUGAAGGCAGGUUAGUUUACCGCUGCAUCAGUCUUGUUGUGUUUAUAUGGUGUUUUGUUCAUGUAAGUGUAUAGAGUAAAUAAAAAUGUUUAUACAAAGCCAGUUGUGUGGCAGCAGGUACAUUGUGCACAAGUUUCAAACCGUGUUGGAUCAGUUUCCACCAUCCUUGAAAGGUAAGUCAUCACGUGGUUCUUGGGCUGGAAAUGAUUAUGCCAGUGGCAUAGUUUAUUGGCCAAGUUUGCUUUGCUGUUGGCAUAGAUUUUAUUUUUCUAAAGGCUGAAUCUGUUUUGGUUUGCAUUAGACUUAUUACAUUUAGACAUCUGGAAAGAUUGUAUUGUGUAAGUUAGAGUGUUAAAAUGGAAAUGGGCCGUGCCUAGAUUUUGCGUGUCGUUGUGGCACCUAUUCUAAGAUUAUUUAUUGGGCCUAGCAGACAGUGCUUGUCCCUUGCAAGGUCAGUGUUUAGUGUAGGGAUCUAGCCAGAUGGCUUUUGUGCCCAUGAGACUCUCAUUAAAGGUGUAACACUGGCUGGCCCUGAAUUUCAUAAGACUUCUUUUAACUGAAAUAUAUUAAAGCAGGAGAAUUUCCAUACUAAUUAUGUAUUCUUCCUCAUCAAGGUAAUGUUUAAUCAUGCUGACAUUAACUUUGCAAGGUGUUACUGUGCGCAUUCCCAUGAGAAUUGCAGUGCUCGCAACUGUUAGCUUGUCAAUGGGGCAGUGGUUGCUCAGCGGUUAAGGCUCUGGGUUACUGACCAGAAGGUGGGGGUUCAAGCACUGCCAAGAUGCCAGUGUUGGGCCCUUGAGCAAGGCCCUUGACCCUAUCUGCUCCAGGAGUGCUGUAUCAUGAGAAAAAAAAUAAUUAUUUCACUGUAUAUGUUCAAAUGUAUAAUGUGAGACAAAAAUAAAGGCUUCUCCUCUCGCAGAGGAGGUUUCUAAAUUCUGAUCAGUAAGGUUACCUGGAAACUGUUAGCAAGAAGUCGUUUCAGAGUGUGGAGACCAAAAGAUCUGAAGACGUUGUAAUUGCUUGAAGGGGAUUUUUAAUGUGGAA